AUGGCCCCUUCAAAUUCUGGCUCUGAUUCACGUCCUGGUGCUGGCCCAAAUGACUCCAAUGGCAGCAUUCCGACCCCUGUACCCUUUCCGCAACCAGAGGGAAUACACAAUCCGCAUGCAUCGAGCCCUGCUACCACGCAAUCCAAAACACGCCACAGGUCUGACACCAGCUCUUCCAAUGUCUCCAGCAGAAUACGUACAGCGAGUAUAAAACUCAUGGAGGCAUCACCACCACCGGGCAUGUGGGCAGCCACCGGCCAAACGGCGUCCAGAGCACCAUCCUUGGCAGACAUUCGCAGAGGUUCUUUUGGUUCCGACGGCUGGAACGAAGAACAACAACGCAAACGGGCCGGCUCGAGGACGAGCCAAGGCGAAGAGAGAAGAACGCCAGCAUCGACACCGGGCGAGACACGACCAUAUGGUUCUAAACGAAUGGCAUCCGACAAUAGUGCGGGAGGCGUACAACCAUUCCCAGCCCUGACCGAGGAGGACGCUCGCCAACCAACAAGCCAUGAUGGCACGCACGAGAAAGCAGUGCCCGACCAAGUUGCAGCCAAACAGAGCUCAGAUUCUGAAACACAUCUUGCUCGAAACGGCUCGGCAGCUAUAGGACGGACGCUGUCUGGAGGAUAUGCCAAUGGCUACGUUCCACCACCCAAAUUACCCUGGACGCGAUCUUUCAUAAUCGGUCUCAAGAGUUUCGGCAAGUGGUUCAUAACGCCCUCUGGCUUUCUGAUUACAUUGUAUGGUCUCAACGUGGUCGCCUGGGGUGGCAUGCUCUUCCUUUUGCUCUGCAAUGCUGCACCGGCCAUGUGCACCCCGACUUGCGACGACAUCAACUCGCCCCGCAGGAAGUGGGUAGAGUACGAUUCGCAAAUCCUCAAUGCUCUCUUUUGUGUCACUGGCUUCGGGCUUGCCCCAUGGCGUUUCAGGGAUCUCUACUGGUGGGGCUGGUGGAGAAUCGGCGGAUCUAAGCGCAGGGAAAUUGGUAUCCGACGGCUUGCGGGAAUACAUCGUGGCUGGUACCGUCUGCCAGGCUCCGAUCAACUGCCAGAGAAGGCGGAUGCAACCCUCGUCAGUUCUGAGAACCCUGCUGUGCCGAUUCCUGCGAGCAAGAUCCCCGAUCCACCUCCGACGGGCAUUCGCGCAUCGCCCACAAAGAGCUGGAAGAUGGAUUUUGUUCUCUGGAACAAUGCGGCGAAUACCUUUUUCCAAGUCGUUCUCUGCUUCUACAUGUGGAAUUACAAUCGCAUCGAAAGACCGUCAUGGGCGACGGGCACUUUUGUCGCCAUUGGCUGCAUCGUAGCUGGCAUUGCCGGUAUUAUGAUGUGGCGCGAAGGUGUGCGCAUCAAGAAAGUCGAGGGCGUCCCCAUGAAGAGAGGUCAGAACGAACGCCCGGUCGAUGCCGAGACGAAUUCGGCCACCAACAUACCGUUAGUUUCGACGGGUAAAACGGCAAAGUCAUGA